AUGGUAUUUGGUGGACUGGUGUUAGUGGAGGCAAGGACGGACAUGUUUGAAUUCAUAUAUUUACACCUGUUGGACCAAGAUUCGCUCGUGUACCUGGUGAAGAAAGCAGGGCGAGUGCAGCCUUGGAGAAACAUGUAUUUGGUAUUCCAAGUAGACGUUUGGUUAACGUUAUUCCUCAUAUUUCUAUUGUAUUUUCUGCUAUUCGUUUUAUUUUUUCGCCCUAAGGAUAAAUCUUGGGUUGUUCUGAAGAUGCUAUCAUUCAUGUUUAGUAGCGGCACAGGUAUUCGGGGCAGCUUUUUCAAGAGAUCCAUAUUCAUAGCGUGGGUUUGGUGUUCUUACUUCUUCAGUAGCUACUAUCAAUCCACCUUCUCGAGUGUCACGACCCACCCAUUAAUGGAACACCAAAUCGCUACCGUGGAGGACCUGGAAAGAUAUAAUCUGAAGUCUUGUGUGAGUGAAACCAUAUUAGACUACAUAGAGGCAACGUUACAUGAUAAACAGCGGUUUGAAACACGUGAACAGUGUAAGUUAUAUUUAGACAGCAUACAAUUUGUCAGUCAGUCGGAGCACGAAUAUUUUACGGUUGUGCAUUUUCAUAAAUACCAAUAUUAUAAAUUAGACUAUUACAACGAAUACGGAGAGGAAACGAUGUACAAAUUAGACAAACCAAUUUACAGUUCCCUGAACUGCAUUUACUUCUACAAAGGUUUCCCAUUUAUCGACAAACUUCAAAUGCACGCGUUGCGAGUGAGAGAAAAUGGUAUGAUCAACGCUCACAUGUCACGACUGUAUAGGGAGUUCCAAAUACAUUAUAAGUUUAAAACCAAGGAUAGCAAGGAGCUAGAAGUUCUAGUGCCGUGGCAUUUAUUAGGAUUAGGAUCUUGCCUGUCGACUCUAGUAUUUGUGGGGGAGAUUUUAAUUAAGAAAUUUAACGAUAACAACAAGUCUAAGUAA